GCCUCGUUGUCUACUUCCGCCAUCUGCUUUGCUGCUUUCAGUUCAGUUGAGAGGUCUGUCAAACCCGCACACACACAGCCAAGAUGGCGGAUGCCGACGAUUGGGACGCUGACAACUUCGAGCCGGACGUCGCGCCGAUCAAAACGGCGGUAGUGCUGGACAAAUGGGAAGGCGAAGACGAAGAUGAAGAUGUGAAGGAUAACUGGGAUGAUGAAGAGGAAGAGAAGAAAGCAGAGGCAAAGAAAGCAGAGGCCAAAGUGUCUGAGAAGAAAAAACUGGCCGAAAAAAUCAAGGAGAAAGAAAACCGGCUAAGGAAAAAGCAACAAGAGCUGAAAAAGAAAUUGGAGGAAGAGGAAGAGCUUACACCCGAACAACAGCUAGCAGAAAAGUUGAAAGUCCAGAAAAUGCAGGAGGAAGCAGACUUGGAGCUGGCAAAAGAGGCUUUUGGCAUUUCAGGGGGUAGUACCACAAACAAUGUUUCUGGAAUUGAAGCCAUGUGCCCAUCUUCUAAAGAAGACUUCACAGAGUUUGAAAAGCUGCUGAAAGUGAAGAUAUUACAGUAUGAAAAAUCAGUGCAUUAUUCAAGCUUCUUGGAGUCGUUGUUUCGGGAGCUCUGUAUUUCAUUGGAAAUAGACGACUUAAAGAAAAUCAGCUCUUCCCUGACAGUGCUACUUAAUGAAAAACAGAAGCAAGAAAAAGCAAUCAAAGGCAAAAAGAAGAAGAAAGGAGCUGUACUUGGUGGUGGUAUGAAAGCCAAGGGAAAAGAUGACCUUGCAGACUAUGGAGGAUUCGAUGGUGGCUACACCCAAGACUAUGAUGACUUCAUGUGACCACAGCUAUAUCCCCACUGCCUUUUUACCCUUUAACCCUCAGAAAUGCAGCUGUACUUCUCAUGCUGUCCAGUGUCAUCCUGGAAAAACCUGAACAAUGUGUCGCCCUUUCAUUUUGCUUCAAUGAUCCGAGGACAAUACAGGGAGCAUCCAGUACCAACACUUCUGUUAAUACAUAAUGAAAUGGCCUUUUCUCUCAUUCAGUCUCCAAACUUCAUAAAGAUACAAAACACAGUGAAAAAUACUUUACUUGCUGUAUGUGAUUUGUAGAGCAUGUUUUUGAUUUAGAGAAAUUAUGCUCAUGUCAAUUAAUUCCAGUUGCUACUGCAAUGACAUCACAACAAAUUAGGUUCUAUGCAAAUAAUUUCACCCAGAAUGUCUAUAAAUAUUAUAGGUAUUUCACUUUACCUGUCGAUGGGUUUCUUACAGGAAAGUAUAUAGUAUCUAUAACGUAGGUUGCCAAAUACACAUUAUCUUUAUCCAUUGAAA